AUGGGGAUCUUGAUGGAUGAAUCAGAACUACCAUCGGAGCAAUUUAUGACCUUUUACAAAAGAUUCGAGUACGUGUCGUAUUCGAUUACCCUGGUCGUUGUGUUGGGAACGAUGUGGAUAAUGAUUAUAUGUAGGUUUGUUAAAGUCCUUUAUGUGCGAAUUGUCAUCAUAUUGUGAAUAUAUAAUCAUAUUACUUUAGCAUCGCCAAAGAGUCUUUCCAAAUACCGUUGGUUUCUGAUCAAUGAAUUGGCAUGGUAAGGCACAAAAUUUAUACAUGUAUACUCAUAUAUGUAAACUAUUUUCAGGUCCUUGAGUUUUGAUACUUUUGCGGCCUUAAUUGGCGGCGUUGUUCUUUAUCCAAUCCCGUGCUAUUACGGAGAGAACAUUGCCAGCCAUUUGCCGAGUGAAUAUGUUCAAGUGUAUGUGAUGUGUGGAAUCGCUUCGAUAGUCAGCAAAGUGACGGCAAUUGCCUUUCAGUUUGAGCAUCGAUACUCCCAAUGCCUUCUGGGGAACUCAAGCUACAGGGCAUUCUGUUUGAAUCUGAGAGGAAAAGCGCAGCUAGCAAUCCGUGUCAUCAUUUCCUUGGUGCUGGGGAUUUCUGCGGUGGUAGGUUUUUAAAGCGAUUGCAAUGCGACUUUGCCGGAAUUGUAGGCAAAAUUGAAAAAAAUGAGCCUCGCACUAAGGGCACUUCCCUUUGCAACCUCCUCUGAUUUCAGCUGCCAUUCCUCCUUCUGAACCCCGACCAAGACGAAGCCAAGAGCCGGCUUUCUGCGGUGGACCCAGUUUUGGCCAAGGUCUUCCAGGAGCAUCCUACCGCCGCGUGUUUCGCGUACGGCACGUCGGCCAGCAAAGCCUUGAUCCCCGAGGUCUUUAUUCUGGCCGGUUUUAUGGCGCUCGGCAUGCUCGUCAUGUGCGCUAUGUACAAUCUAAUCCAACGGAGAUGCUUUUCCCCACACACAUAUCGCCUGCAAAUGAUGUUGUUCAAGUCCUUGGUUGCUCAAACUUCCGUACUCGUGUUGUUCUUGCUGGGCCCGGUCAUGGUGUUUGUCGUCUUGCCCAUUGCGGGCGUCAGGAAUCUGCCAAAGUACACAAUGUACGGGUUUUUAUUGCUGCUCGUUCAUACUCCAUUGGAUUGCAUUAUUAUCCUCUACUUUAUCAAACCAUACCGACUGAUUUUGUUGAAGAAUUUGUCGAUCAUACACCUGCGUCUUCCAACAUCUUCAAUUCUUACUACCAGCACUCGUGUUCACGCGGUUAAACCUCAUCUGACCCCGUCUUGA